AUGCCCCUCAGCAAAGCUGUCAAACUCGCCAAACCGGCCCGUAUCGUGCUCCUCGGUGCUCCCGGAGCCGGGAAAACUACACAGUGUGCCCGAAUCCAAGACUCCUUCCUCAAUGUCUCGUCGCUUUCUCUGAAGCACAUCUUCAGAACAGAAAUCGACAGGGGACUGCCUUUCAGCUCCUCGGUUAAGAAGCUCAUGGCAACAGGCUCGCUUAUCCCCGACGACGUCACCAUGUGCUUGGUCCAGAACUUCUUGUACGAGCACAAUUGGUUCAACACGACGUCCAACUGGGUCAUGCACGGAUUGCCCCGUACCAAGGCCCAAGCGGUCGCUUUGGACAGAAUUCUCGAUGGCAACAAUGCCGGCGUUACAAUGGCCAUUGAGUUGAACGUGGACCAGAAGUUGAUCUUGGACCGUGUAGAGAAGAGGUGGGUGCAUCCGCCCUCUGGCAAGGUAUACAAUUUGGAGUACGAUCCGCCGGAAGUGCCUUACAAAGACGAUGAUACAGGAGAGCCAUUGAUCAAGCGGGAGGACGAUGAGGCCGUGUUGUUGCAGCUGCGUUUGGACCAGUAUAACAAGGAGAUUGAAGAGAUCCGGUCUUACUACCAGAGAAGAGGCAUCAAGGAGCUUUUGGUGAAGAAGUUUGGGUAG